AUGACACCGAGAAAUAUUUUAUCAUUAGUUUUAGUCUUUUACAUUGUUGCCAAUAGUGAGAGUUCUAUGGUCAAACUCAAUAAUGGGGGAUAUGAAGAUAUAGUUAUCGCCAUCAAUCCUAAAGUCAAGGAAGAUCUCCAGAUCAUUGAGAAUAUUAAGGAUAUGGUGAGAGAAGCUACAGGUUUUCUGUUUGAUGCCACGGAAAAAAGACUCUUCAUAAGAAAUGUGAAGAUUUUGGUUCCAUUAUCUUGGUCUGCAAAUAACUAUGGAAAACCAAAAUUAGAAACUUAUGACAAGGCAGAUAUUUUCAUUGCUGAUCCCAACGUGAAGUACGCAGAUGAUCCCUAUACACAACAGUAUGGAGGCUGCGGUGACCCAGGUCAAUACAUUCACCUCACCCCAAAUUUCAUGACUGACGACACCCUCAUCUCAGUGUACGGACCCCGAGGUAGAGUGUUUGUUCAUGAAUGGUCUCAUCUCCGAUGGGGAGUUUUUGAUGAAUACAGUUUGGAUAAUCCUUUCUACAUUGCGGGGAAUCUUAAAGUUGAAGCUACAAGAUGCUCUGUUGAUAUUUAUGGUGAGAGCAAAAUUCAGAAAUGUCAAGGAACGUCCUGUAAAGUUACUUCGUGUAAUUUUGACCCGAUCACUGGACUCUAUGAAGAAGGUUGUGUUUAUAUACCUGAUCAGAAACAGUUUGCCAAAGAGUCCUUAAUGUACAUGCAGGCUCUCCCCACUGUCACUAAGUUCUGUGAUGCAAGUAACCACAACCCUGAAGCUCCAAACAUGCAAAACAGAAUGUGCAAUUCCCGAAGCAUUUGGGACGUGAUCAUGACCUCCAAUGAUAUAGAGUCCACACAACCAAAUCCCGGACUCACUAUUCCGGAUCCCACCUUCACUGUUUUACAGUUUUCAGAGCGAGUGGUGACUUUAGUGCUGGAUACAUCUGGAAGCAUGGGUGGCUCUAAUCGUAUUGGACGUUUGUACCAGGCUGCAACAGUUUUCAUUUUACAAAUCAUUGAGACUGAUUCCUAUGCCGGAAUGGUGACAUUUUCGAGCUCAGCCAUUAUAAAAUCCAAUUUAAUCCAAAUACAAAACGGUGAUGCUCAACGUCAGCAGCUUCAACGACUUGUUCCCACUGUAGCAAGUGGAGGGACACAUAUAUGUUCUGGACUUUUGGCUGGUAUUCAGGUAAAUAAAGGAAGGCCUGGAGGAUCAUCUCAUGGAACAGAAGUCGUGUUACUAUCAGAUGGAGAAGAUAACUACGAUACUCGUCUUUGUUUCCAACAAAUUAUAGAAAGCGGGGUCAUAGUUCAUGUCAUAUUCCUGGGAUCUGCUGAAGAACCAAGACUUAAAGAAAUUGUACAAACUACCGGUGGAAAAGUGUUUUUGGCCACCGAUAAUAUUGGUCUGAAUGCACAAGGUUUAAUCGAUGCCUUCAGCGCAAUAAAAGCCAGCGACGGAGUCAUCACCAAACAGUCUAUACAGCUGGAAAGCACUGCUUUAAGUCUUCAACCAUCUAAAUGCUUGGACGGUGCUGUUUACAUUGAUAAAACAGUGGGGAACGACACUUUCUUUCUAGUUACUUGGCAAACUGGAGUACCAAAUAUUAACUUGGAAAGUCCAAGUGGGAUUACAUAUACUGCUGCAAACUUUGUCAGUGACAACACUGCUAAAUCCUCAAGGCUUGCUCUCCCAGGAACAGCAGAGAUCGGACCCUGGCAUUAUAGUCUAUGUAAUUCACGUAGUUCAACUGAAGUUCUUGGUUUGGUUGUAAAUUCUAAAGCUUCAGAUGAAAAUGUUUCUCCAAUUGUUGUAAAAGCCCAUAUGAACCAAGACAUAAACCAGUAUCCCAACCCUAUGGUUAUCUACGCCUCAGUGAGUCAAGGAAUGAUGCCGGUCACUGGAGCAAAGAUCACUGCAAUAAUUGAACCUGUCAGUGGACCAAUAGUCACCCUAGAGCUUCUGGACAAUGGAGCAGGCUCUGAUAUCAUAAAGAACGAUGGUGUAUAUUCUAAAUACUUUAUACAGUUCUCAGCCAAUGGAAGAUACAGUUUAAAAGUUCGAGUUGAAAAUAAUAUUAAGGGUAAAGCUCGCUUGGUCCUUCCCAAGAACCGUGCGCUGUAUGUCCCAGGAUUUAUCGUAAAUGGUACUAUUGUCAUGAACCCUCCACGCCCCGAAAUUUCCGAUGAUGACCUUAAUGUUGGGGAAUUCAGCAGGACAGCCUCCGGAGGUUCUUUUCUGGUAUCUAAUGUACCAACGGGUCCCCGACCAGAUAUCUAUAAACCUGAUAAAAUAAAUGAUUUGGAGGCAACCAUUGUAGAUGAUAGGAUUGUGUUGUCUUGGACAGCGACUGGGGAUGAUUUGGACCAAGGAAAUGCUACAAACUAUGACUUAAGGAUGAACCUCAACCCCAGUGACCUCAGAACCAACUUCAAUGGAUCCACAUCGAUCGAUAUUUCUUCGCACAUUCCCCUCCCGGCCGGAUCCAGAGAAACAUUCUCAUUCGUGCCAGAAAAUAUUGUUAUAAAGAACGGCACUAUUCUUUACUUCGCUUUAGUCGCUACUGAUAAAGCCGCUCAACGUUCUGAUGUGUCAAACAUAGCUCAGGCCGCUCUGGUCAUCCCACCAACACCGGCUCCAACAACAAUAACCACCACGACUACACCCAGAACUGAUCUCCCCUCUAGUGACAGCUCUGAUGGACUGAACAUUACAGUAAUGACACUGAUCAUAUGUGGAUCUAUUAUUCUUAUCUGUAUCAUUACAAGUAUCACCGUCUGUAUUGUCAGCUGUAAUAGGAAGAAAAGUAAUCCACAAGUGAGAGUGUGAAAUGGAAAACUACCUAUAUUUGUUUAAU